UAAAUUAUAUAAAUAGUAAUUAAAAAAUCGAUUAGUGGUUUCAGCGCCUGUUUAUUUCUGGUUAUGCAACAUGUACAUCUAGGAAGUCAAGCGUGUUGCAUAAACAAACACAAAUAUCUAAAUGGAAAACAAACAAGGCCACUCAAAAUUUAAAGCACGCGUUCAUAUAUAUGGACAGAGCUUGCGCGGAAUCUCAAUUUUAAUUAUACAAACCAUGCAAGCUCGCGCUUUUAGCAUUUUAAUUAGCUGCUCUUUCCGAAAACAGCCGCCCAGGACCUGUUAAAGCAGCACAAGUUGGUGUAAAUUGCAGUGGCCUUGUUGGUUUAUUAUACCUUCAACUGCAGCUUCUCCAUGCCACCAAUUCCCCGCCUUUAUUACUGGAUGUCAUAAAUAAAAGGCACCAGCUACCAGCACGCGUCACAAACAUUUUCUCCGAGAAUCUUAGAUAGCGCUCACACGAUCGUAGCCUACAUUAGCUCUUCUUUUUGAGUCUCUGUAUUUUGUUGAAAUGCUCCCUGCAUUAGUUAUCCACGGCGGCGCGGGGGACGUUGAUGAGAAGAGAGCCCUGGCCAAACUUAAGGGUGUUCAGAUAGCAGCCAGGGAGGGAUGGAAAUUGUUGAACCAAUCAGGGGGAUCUGCCCUGGAUGCAGUGGAGGCGGCUGUCAGGGUGAUGGAGGAUGAUGAGAAUUUCAAUGCAGGAACUGGAAGUGUUUUGAAUCUUGAUGGUGAUGUAGAAAUGGACGCCCUGAUCAUGGAGGGGCACAAACUUAAUGCUGGCGCCGUGGCCGCCAUGCGCGACGUUAAAAAUGCGGUUAGUGUUGCUCGCCUAGUGAUGGAGAAAAGCGAGCACAUUCUAAUUGUUGGCCAAGGUGCCAAUAGAUUUGCUGAAGCCCACGGGGUUCCCAGAUUGGAGCCCGGGGCCCUAAUCACAGACUACGAGAUAAAUUGCUUAGAAGACGUGAAAAAUAAGAGAAAAGGAAACGCACCUGGAGUUGGAACAGUCGGCGCCGUGGCUGUGGACAAAGAAGGGCGAGUGGCUGUUGCUCUUUCGACAGGUGGAACUUGUGGGAAGACUCCUGGACGGGUGGGAGACACACCCUUGCUGGGUUGUGGCGGCUAUUGUGACGAGGCCGUCGGGGCAGUGGCCAGCACAGGCCACGGAGAGUCCAUUACGAAAGCGUGCUUAGCCUCUACAAUUUUCAAUCUGAUGAAGCAAGGCGUUCCCGUCCAAGAUGCUGCUGAGCAGUCUUGUGAGUUUUUGACGGCAAGGACUGGAGGGACUGCAGGUGCAAUUGCAGUUAGCAAAGAUGGUCACCUGGCUGUCGCUCAUACAACAGAUAAAAUGUCCUGGGCCACAGUUUCUAAUGGUGAACUGCGGGCAGGAGUCAAAUGGGGCGAGGAAGUAGUAGAAAAAAUUUAAAACAAAUUAUUGGAAAUAAUAUAAUGAUUUUGUUUUAUGUAUAUUCCAAAUAUACUAAUAAAUAAAAAAAGAAUACAAUUGAUAAUUUGACAGU